AUGGCGACCCCCAUGAACCUUCAGUGUCUGGAUCAGUUUCCAUCUCACAUUCACCCUCUUCACGUCCUCAUCAACAAAUCACAACUCACUCAAACGUUUCCAGACUGCACCGGACCCACACACGCGUUGUUAUUUUCAUCGACGGACCAUCAGUCAUCUUUCAAACGGGGCUUUUUGGUGUGCGCGCACGUGACUCCAGAGGAAGAGACAAAUGUAAACAAUCACAUGUGUCUCACUGUCUUUGUGAGCAGAUCGUUUCUCAGACACUACGAUCUGAAGGACAACUCGCAAGGAACGGUUCGUCCACAGUCCCUGCUGCCUUUGAAGAAGAUUGUGAUCGGUGCUCGGACUAAAUCGAGCUUUAAAUGGGCUUCUUCAGAAAAGUUCUCCAAUGCUCUGCUCAUCCUGUCGUCCUGUCAUGGUCAGACACUGCUGGCGAGACAGGGCGAUGUCUUACUCUUACCUUACCAUCAUUUACUGGGUGAAGACGCCUCACAGGUGCAGCAGUACCUGUCAGAUGUGAUGGUGCUGGAGUGCACACCUGUCAGCCAGGGCAGGAUCACAGUGGACACCUGUGUGGUGGUGUCAGACUGCAGAGACCUGAGCUUUAAUGAUGCUAUGGACCAGAUCAGCAUCAUCAACCAAACCAGACUCGCAGCUUCAUCUCUGUUUGUUUCUGAUUUUGCGCAGUAUGCAAACAGUUUGAGCUCUGACAGCUCGUUGUUGAACAGUAAACUAUUGGGCAGCUCAGACUUCAGUGCUUUUUUACAGGCUCUGGAGUGCAGACUUGAUGUCCGGGUCACGGAUGUCUCAGAUCUCCAUAAACCAGGUGGAAUUCUGUCCAGACUGGACCAGAAUGAUGGUUUAGACAUUGACAGCACAAUAUUUGUGCAUAAGAGCUUGUUACUGAAGCUGGGCGUGUUUAAUGGGGAAUGGGUUAUUGCGUCUGUUCCGUCAGAAAAGGCAAAGAAAUCUUCGAAGACACACUUUGCUUUGAGUUCUGAACUGGGAGAAGCAGAAAGCACCUGGAAAUUUCCUUACAAGAGAAGAGGGCGUGCUCAUCUUGUUUCAGUCAAGGCGUUUGAUGCAGUUAGACUCUCAGAGCUGGAUGUAAAUGAUAAUGUGGGCUUCAUUUCACCUGUUCAGUGGUUUAAUCUGUCCGGUGGGUUGGCAGUACCUGUUGGAAAUAAGGCCAUUAAAAUCAAGAGAUGGAAUAAGGUGUUGUCACAUGUGGAGUCACAGCUGUCUGCGAGUGCAUGUCGCUCCGCAGUCCCGCCGUUUGCUAAAGAGCUGCACAUUGAAGCCGUCAUCUCACCGGACUACAACGCCCAUGGACCCUUCGACAGCAUCCUCUACAAGCACUUCAACACACCCAGGCUUGUUCAGCAGGGGAAUAUAUUGGGAAUCCCAUCAGAAGGACAUCCUGAAUUUGUAGAGAACAACUCAGAAGGAAUCCUCAGGUGGCCUGUGCUGUAUUUCAAAGUCAAGCUGGUGUCUGGUUUUUCUGAAGAGGAGGAAGAGAUUUGUUCAUAUCUGGCUGAUUCAAGUCACACCUCGCUGUACAUGGGAGGCUCCACCCACAGCCUGUCUCCCUGCUCUGUGCAGCAGAAGGGUCUGUCCUUCUGGACCAGUGUCUCUACUCCUGGUCUCUCCAGCACUGUGGAACAACUGAUUACGAUCAUACAACCACACCUCAGUGAAAGCUCUGCUACAUUAAACAGAGGCUGUUCUGUUCUUCUGAGGGGUUCUAGUGGCAGUGGUAAAGUUACCGUGGUAAGAGCCGCCAGCAGGAGACUACAUCUGCACCUUAUCAAGGUGGAUUGUGUCACACUCUGCGCAGACACUGCAGCAGCAUGUGAGGUUAAGAUGAAGUCUGCGUUUGAGAGGGCAGAUCUCCAUCACCCCUGUGUGCUGUUGCUAAGAAACCUCCAGCUGCUCGGCCAACCACGUGACGGCAGUGAGAUGGACUCCAGGGUCAUUUGUACCCUCUGCCAGCUCAUAACAGCUGCUCAUGCCAGUGUGGUUGUGAUUGGGUCGGUGAGCAGUCCGCGAGAGCUCUCCUCAGAUGUGAUGGCAGCGUUUGUGCAUCAGGUGGCGCUAGAGAGUCUGUCAGAGGAACAGAGACGGGUGAUGUUGUCCAGUCUCAGUGAAGAGCUGCCGCUGGGAAAAGACGUCAACCUGUGCAAGAUAGCCAAACAAACCGCUGGUUUUGUUUUAGGAGAUCUUUGUGCGCUUCUAACCAACGCGGGAAAAGCCGCUCACAGGAGACUUCUGAAGCUGUAUUUUCCCAAUGGGGCCAGUCAGCAGGAAGAGCAGGAUCUGUGUGUGUCUGGGGUGAGCGUCCUGUCGGAGGACUUCAGCACGGCGCUGGACGUCCUACAGGAGGCACAUUCACACGCCAUUGGAGCUCCAAAGAUCCCGUCUGUGAGGUGGCAGGAUGUUGGUGGACUGCAGCAGGUGAAGAAGGAAAUACUGGACACGAUUCAGCUUCCUUUGGAUCAUCCAGAGCUACUGUCACUGGGACUGCGGCGCUCCGGACUGCUGCUGUACGGACCGCCCGGCACUGGAAAAACUCUGCUGGCUAAAGCCGUAGCCACAGAAUGUUCCAUGACCUUCCUCAGUGUGAAAGGACCUGAACUCAUCAACAUGUACGUUGGUCAGAGUGAAGAGAACAUUCGAGAGGUGUUCAGUAAGGCCAGAAGUGCCGCUCCCUGCAUCAUCUUCUUUGAUGAGCUGGACUCUUUAGCUCCUAACAGAGGACACAGUGGAGACUCUGGAGGGGUCAUGGACAGGGUUGUGUCGCAGCUGUUAGCAGAACUUGAUGGUCUUCAUUCAUCAGGAGAUGUGUUUGUUAUCGGCGCAACUAACCGUCCAGAUCUGCUGGACCAAUCACUGCUCAGACCUGGCAGAUUUGAUAAAUUGGUGUAUGUUGGCAUCAGUGAAGACAGAGAGUCACAGCUGCAGGUGCUCAAGGCAAUAUUACGCAAGUUUAAAGUGGAUCCCAGCGUGAAUUUGUCAGAGGUUGUGGAGUGCUGCCCGCCACAGCUGACGGGAGCCGAUCUGUACGCGCUCUGCUCAGAUGCCAUGAUGUGUGCCAUCAAGAGGAAGAUCUUGUGCAUCAAUGAAGGUGUGGAUUCAGAGGUCAGCGCUCUCACUUUGUGUUCAGAAGACUUCAGGCAGGCUCUGUCAGGCCUUCAGCCGUCCGUCUCUGAACAGCAACUCUACACAUAUAAACUUAUCCAGCAGAAAUUCACAUCAAAAUAACUCAAGAUCCACCAGUGUGUUGCAUGUAAAUCAGCUGUCCUAACCAGAUAAAGCUUCCUCUUCCAUGUUAAAGGACUGUUCCGGGUUAAGCUCAAUUAACAGCAUUUGUGGCAUGAUGUUGAUUACAACAAAAAAUUAUGACUGCUCCCUCGUUUAUGCAAAAAAGCGGUUACUGUGAGGACUUACAGUGGAAGUGAAUGGGGCCAAUCCCUAAUCUGUUUAAAGUUAUAUCCAGUAACAGGACACAUAAUUUCACAUUUAGUCUGGACAGAUA